AUGAUAUCUUUCAGCACCGAGUCAAAUAAAAGAAAAAAUAGGAUCCCUGAAUCGGUUUUAUUACAAACAUUUUCAGCUGCAGUGAACGGGACAAGGGGAAAGAGGCAUUUGCGUUGUAUGUUGGAUUGCGGGGCCAAUAAAUCCUUCAUCUUGAGAGAAGUGGUUCAGGAACUGGAAUUGAAAACAGUGAGCAGGGAAGUUUCAGCUAUUCACACUUUCGGAAGUGAAACCGCUAAGCAUCGUGUUUACGAUAUAGGGUUACACAAAAUUGCAUUUAGUACAGAUAUUCAGUGCGCUUUUUUAGAAGUAGGGAUCGCCGAGGAAGAUAGGCAAUUUCUAAAAUUCUUAUGGAUAAAAGGGGAUUGUCCUAAUCUCGGUUUCAGCCCUCACAAUAUUGAAACAUUCCAGUAUAAAAGAGUCACUUUUGGAAUGAAAUGCAGCCCAUUCUUACUUGCCACAGUCAUUAAGCUGCAUUUAGAAAAAUUCGAAAGUGAAUAUGAAGAAGUGUGUAAAAUGUUGAGAUAUUUGUACGUAGAUGACGUAGCAGCUGGCACGUCAAGCGUUUCCGAAGCUAUAAAAUUGAGCAAAGGAAGGAUCUACAUUCUAAGUCAGGCCAGAAUGAAUCUUCGAAGAUGGGCUAUGAAUUCCCCAAUUCUAAAUGAAACUUGGGAACAAGUUAAUGUUGACUGCCGUGAAACAUCCGAAGAAUUAUGUGUGCCAUUAAAAAUUCUUGGACUCAUUUGGGACAAUAUCAACGAUAAAUUUACCAUAGACAUUCAUAAAUUUUCUAAAAUGACGGACAGUAAUCUUUCAAAGCGGUUGAUUCUGAGCCUCUGUGGGAUGUUGUUUGAUCCACUGGGAAUGAUAACCCCUUUCACUGUCAGAAUGGAGUUGUUACUACAGAACAUCUGGAAUUGGGAGCUGAAAUGGGAUGAACCACUACCACCGGACAUUCAAGAGACAUUUCUAUUAUGGCUGGAUGAGGUAAAAACUAUCCCUCAGAUUUCUUUGCCUCGUCCUUACUUCCUUAAUGCAGAGACUCCAAUGGCUGAAGUUCACAUUUUCUGCGAUGCAAGCCCAAAGGCUUAUGGUUGUGUGGCCUACUUCAGGAAAGUGACCAACGAGAAAGUGAACUCCAGUUUCAUAGUGGCGAAAUGCAGCCUAGCUCCAUAG